AGUUAUGACGUAAUGAAGCCUCGUUUGCUAAAAUCACGUGACUUGGGCCAGUUUGAAACAAGCUCCGAACCACUGAUUCGAAACAAAAGAUUCGUAAAUGUUUCGAAGCCUCAUGAAGCAGUGCUUCGAAAACGACCAUCACUACCGGAACUAUUGUUAGCGCUCAUGCAGCUAAACGGACCUAUUUAACAGGUACGCAACAUCACUACAGGCUCAACACACUAAAUCCACAUCACUGAGGUUGUGUUCGGAGCUUCAGGUUUCUGCCAUGGGCAGAUUAAGGAAGAAACACAACUGGAAAGGAAGACAGCAGAGCACACCAGUGCAGACAACAGCAGGAGAAAAACACAUUGAUGUCCAAGUGGAAAUACAGGAUGGUGCCGUGCUUAAAGGCGUUGAUGACAGUAACGCUCUUGUCCUGCCAUCCACCAAAACCAAAAAAGAGAAAGUGGAGCAUCAUGUUAACAAGAAGAAACCCCUGACAAAGAAACAGAGGAAGAACCUGGAGAAAGUUCUGGAGCAGAAAGAGAAGAAAGCUCACAGAGCAGAUGUGUUAUCCAAGCUGGCUGAAGUUCAGCUGCCUGAAUCUGAGAUGAAGUUGCUGUACACAACCUCGAAACUGGGCACUGGAGACAAACUCUACCAGACCAAACUAUGCGUGAAAGAAGGACAGGAUGGAAGUUCAACCACAGGCAAGAUCAGCAGUUUGAGUGGAGCAAAUAGGAAGAGAAGGAGAGAUGAUGAUGAUGAAGAGGAAAAAGCUGAGACGUCGGACUCUGAUAGUGAGGGAUCAGACUCUGAUGAAGAGGAGGAACAGAUCACUGAAGAAGAACCUUCAGAAAAGAACAGCAGCACUGUGAAAGAAGAUGAUCAGCAGAAAGAGAUGGAGGUGCAAGUUAAAGAAGAGAAGAAACAUAAAGUCACAAAAGAGAUUCAUCAUAAUGAAGAAGACAGCAAACCUGCCGUCUUCAUUCCUGUGGACAGACUGCCAGAAAUUCAGGAAGCUCGUCUGAGGUUACCUAUCCUGGCGGAGGAACAGGUCAUCAUGGAAGCAGUGAGAGAAAAUGAAUGUGUGGUGUUGUGUGGAGAAACGGGAAGUGGAAAAACCACACAGGUGCCUCAGUUCCUGUAUGAGGCUGGAUACGCCAGUUCUGGUGGGAUUAUUGGUGUGACCGAGCCCAGAAGAGUGGCUGCUGUCAGCAUGUCCCACCGUGUUGCCAAGGAAAUGAAUUUAUCCACUGGGGUGGUGUCCUAUCAAAUCAGGUUUGAGGGGAACGUGACAGAAGACACAAAGAUCAAGUUUAUGACAGACGGAGUUCUGCUUAAAGAAAUUCAGAAGGAUUUUCUGCUACAGAAAUACAGUGUGAUCAUCAUCGAUGAAGCUCACGAGCGCAGCGUCUACACCGAUAUUCUCAUCGGACUCCUUUCACGCAUCGCACCGCUCCGAAACAAGAGAGGUUUACCUUUAAAACUCAUCAUCAUGUCUGCGACGCUGCGCGUGGAGGACUUCACAGAGAACAAGAAGCUUUUCCGCUCGCCUCCGCCUGCUAUUAAGGUGGAGGCACGUCAAUUUCCAGUAACGGUUCAUUUUAAUAAACGCACGCCGAUGGAAGACUACACUGGAGAAGUUUUCCACAAAAUCUGCAAGAUUCACCGCAUGCUGCCACCCGGUGGGAUCCUGGUGUUUCUGACGGGUCAGGCCGAAGUUCACUCCGUGUGUCGCAGACUGAGAAGAGCUUUUCCUUACAGACCCAACCGAGAGCAAACGGAUUCUGUAGACGCAGAAGUAUUGAAGACAUCUAGAAGAGCAAAGAAGAAGAAUGUGUCCCUUCCGAGGAUCAAUCUGGAUAAUUACUCUGCCCUGCCUGUAGAUGAAGGUGAUGAAGAUCGUCAGGCUGGCAUUGAUGAUGAUGAUGAGGGUUCAGAUCUGGAUCUGGAUUUGGGUGAUCAUCCAGACAGCGAUAACGAGGAGAAAAGUGACCCGUCCAUUCCUCUUUAUGUACUUCCUCUCUACUCUUUGCUGGCACCUGAGCAGCAGGCAAAGGUUUUCCGACCUCCUCCAGCCGGAUCUCGUCUGUGUGUUGUCGCGACCAACGUGGCCGAGACGUCGCUGACGAUUCCCGGUAUUAAGUAUGUGGUGGACUGCGGCCGUGUGAAGAAAAGAUUUUACGACAGAGUGACGGGCGUCUCCUCGUUUAAAGUCACGUGGAUCUCACAGGCUUCGGCCAACCAGAGGGCAGGAAGGGCGGGCAGAACAGAGCCAGGACACUGCUAUAGACUCUACUCUUCAGCUGUGUUCGGAGAUUUCAGCUUGUUUUCGGAGGCUGAAAUCACUCGCCGACCUGUCGAUGACCUCGUCCUUCAAAUGAAAGAUCUCAACAUUGAAAAGGUUGUGAAUUUCCCCUUUCCCACACCUCCCUCCUCUGAAGCUCUGAUCUCUGCCGAACAGCUGCUCAUUUCGUUGGGUGCGCUGGAGGAACCGCCCCGACGUGGACGGUUGGGUGAAAUGGAGCGAGCGCGUCUGUCGUGUCCCAUAACCCCGCUGGGUCGUGCGAUGGCUGCGUUUCCCGUAUCGCCACGUUACGCUAAAAUGCUAGCGUUGGGCCGUCAGCAGGGCUGUAUGCCGUACAUCAUCACUAUAGUGGCCGCGAUGACCGUCAGAGAGAUCUUUGAGGAUUACGACAGGCCUGCGGGGAGCGAGGAGGAGAGCACCAGACUCGUGGGUAAAAAAGCCCGAUCGGUUCAGAUGAGAAGGUUAUGGGCGGGCCAGGGCCAGUCGCUUCUGCUGGGUGAUCUGAUGGUUUUACUGGGUGCGGUGGGUGCUUGCGAGUUUGCGGGCUGCACUCAACAGUUUUGCGAGGAGAACGGCCUUCGAUACAAAGCAAUGCUGGAAAUCCGCCGACUGCGAGGGCAACUGACCAAUGCAGUGAAUAGCGUUUGCUCUGACGCCGGCGUGUGCGUGGAUCAUAAAAUGGCUCCUCCCACAGAUGCCCAGGUGCUGUGUUUAAGGCAGAUUGUAUUAGCGGGUUUAGGAGAUCAUCUGGCCAGACGAGUGCAGGCUGAGGAACUGCUCGACCCCAAAUGGAGAAACGGCUACAAGACUCCGCUUCUAGAUGAGCCGGUGUUUAUUCACCCAUCAUCUGCCCUUCAUAAGACACUCCCUGAAUUUGUAGUUUAUCAGGAGGUCAUGGAGACCACCAAGAUGUACAUGAGAGGAGUUUGUGCCGUUCAGGCUGAAUGGAUUCCGAAGCUCCUCCCACAAUACUGCCACUUCAGUGCUCCAGAGGAAAACCCCGCCCCCUGGUACUGCCCACUGAUUGGCCGAAUAAAGUGUCAACAGCAGAGCACCUUUUUCAGAGUCAGUUGGAAACUUCCCGCUAUUGAAAUGGAUUACCCAGAAGGCCUUGAGCGUUACAAACUGUUUGCAAAGUUUGUCCUGGAGGGAAAGGUUUGUCCAAAGCUUCAGCAGUUCAGUUCGUGUUUGCUGUCAUCGCCCGCAACAAUGCUGAAGACGUGGGCAAAACUGCAGCCUCGGACUGAAGUUCUUCUCUCAGCUCUGGUGUCGGAAAAAGUCGACAACAAAACUUCUUUAGAGGUUGCGUGGGGAAAAAAUGAGAAAUAUCUGCUAUCAGCGUAUUGUCAGUGGAUCCCAGAGUCUCUUCAUCCGGAGGUCACUAAAUGUUGGCCACCCAUCUGAUGAUCUCUAACCUGUCUGAUCUCAGUCCCUGACCUUUGGACACAUUUUCUGAAGAUAUCUAAGCCUGUUUCUGUGAUGUCACACAGAAGACUCAAUUUUAAUGUUGGAAAGCUUCUCCACACCUCAGGAGGAGAUUUAUGUACAAACCGGACAUUUGGAAACUCUGCUGUACAGGUUUACGGAUCGCAAAACCAUAAAAUAAAUUCCUACUCUGUUUUUACACAA